AUGCGUGCUGGUUCCCGGAAGCGGUGCGCACGGCGUUUGCCCCUGCGUCCCGGCGGGAGCGGGCAGAGUCAGUGGAUGUAGGGCAGGGGAUCCCGACAUGGCCACGGCGGGAGGCGGCGGCUGCGAGAGCGCCGCGCCCGAGGCCGAUCGUCCCCAGCCGCGGCCGUUCCUCAUCGGCGUGAGCGGCGGCACCGCUAGCGGCAAGUCAACAGUGUGCGAGAAGAUCAUGGAGCUGCUGGGACAGAACGAAGUGGACCGGCGGCAGCGCAAGUUGGUCAUCCUGAGCCAGGACUGCUUCUAUAAGGUCCUGACGGCCGAGCAGAAGGCCAAGGCCUUGAAGGGACAGUACAAUUUCGACCACCCAGAUGCUUUUGAUAAUGAUCUGAUGCACAAGACUCUGAAAAACAUUGUGGAAGGCAAAACUGUCGAGGUCCCCACCUAUGAUUUUGUGACCCACUCAAGGUUGUCAGAGACCACGGUGGUCUACCCAGCUGACGUGGUUCUGUUCGAGGGCAUCUUGGUAUUCUACACUCAGGAGAUCCGGGACAUGUUCCACCUGCGCCUCUUUGUAGACACAGACUCUGAUGUUAGGCUGUCUCGAAGAGUUCUCCGGGAUGUGCACCGAGGGAGGGACCUGGAGCAGAUCCUGACCCAGUACACCACCUUCGUGAAGCCAGCCUUUGAGGAGUUCUGCCUGCCGACCAAGAAGUAUGCUGAUGUGAUCAUCCCUCGAGGGGUUGACAACAUGGGUAAGCAACCCCCAGCCCUAUGCCCAAGCAGACUGCCGCCCGCCACUUGCCUUGGCUACGAAGGCUUCCCAAUCGCCAUCAACCUGAUCGUCCAGCACAUCCAGGACAUUCUCAACGGUGACCUGUGCAAGCGGCACCGAGGAGGGCCCAAUGGGCGCAACUACAAGAGGACCUUCCCCGAGCCAGGAGAUCACCCUGGGGUGCUGGCCACUGGCAAGCGCUCACACUUGGAGUCCAGCAGCAGGCCCCACUGAGACCGGCAUAUGUAGGUUCCCCACAGACCCAUGGUUAAGGGUCUGAGCCUGGGGACAACCACUUGCCCUUAAAAGCACAGUCAGGGGUUCCUCUCAGCGUGAUCUAGGGUGGCAGCAUUUAGGACCAAGGCCUUCCUUGCUUGGGAGGGCAGAUUCAUGCUGACAGAGCAUUCCGGUGUCCUCUGCUUCCUCUCAUUGGAGGAGGCCAACAGGUAUCUGGGUCGCUGAGAAAUGUCCCAAACUGCAAAGAAAGCCCAUGGUGCCAGCUUCCAGAGGGAUGCAGGUCAUACAUUAUGGGGCAACUGAGGAAAUAGCCCCGGUACUGGCUGGCCUUGCUGGCCUGGCGUUGAUAGUGAACCACAGUGAUGUGCUUCUCAGUAUGCUGUGGUUCAUGUACAUGUUGCGGAAGUCAAGUUUGAAGAUACGUUAUAUAUCCUUAUUUGUUUUGUGGCAGGCUGUUUGUGACCAAUGAACCUAGUUUAACACCUCCAAGUGGUCUAUCCUCCAGUCUAAGGAGCCUGAGGCAGGAAGGAACCCUAAGUCUGUCUACUCACGUGACCCUAAGCAGCAUCACACUUGAUGCAAGGAACUCCUGGGUAUCCUGGGGCCUGGAUUGUGGGAUAAAUGGAAGCAGGCCAUCAGGUUUCCUAUGGCUAAAAGUGUCCUCGCAAUUCUGCAGGGAGCCCAAGCCCCAGGGGCUGUCUGUACAAGCCACUUGGGUAUAGUUCAUGGUGAGCAUGCCAGGGCAGGUAGGGGAGCACUAAGUGCAGAGCAGGUCACAUGACCGUGGUUGCCUAAAGCCAGCCAGUCUCCUGCACACCCAACCUGAGCUCAUGGCUUCACAAACGGUCCAUUCUAUGAUGUCAAGUUUGUCUCCCCUCCCACGGGAUGGCCCUUUUGGAAGUGUCCUUUGCUGUUGUCACAGGCUUUGGCACAGACACUUCUAAUGUGUUCUUGUUAAAUACAACCGUGGUCCCACUCAUGACAGUGCUGUGCUGGUUUUGUUGAACUGAAACCCCUCUUUGGAGGAAGGAUCAAUAAAUAACACUAAAAAACGA